AUGGAGACAACGGCAUUGGAUGCAACAGCGUCCGCAACGGCGUCAGCAACGGCCUCGGCCUCUGCUGCGGCAUCCACAUGCAUUAAGAUCAACAUUAGCAACUGCAAAUCAAAUCAUCCUGCGGCUCGUGCCAGUGGCAGCGGUGUUGGCGCUGGUGGCGGCAGCGGUGGCUUGUUCCUCCUGCCCACACACUCCACGCACCACAAUCUGCAGCUCGAUAAAAUUUCUGUGCGCUCGAUUAGUUCAGAGGAUAUAUCGACUGGCGGCAGCGGUAGAUGCUGCAGUGCCGCUGCACGAAAUCCGGCCAUAAAAACAGGACGGCGACUGCAGCUGAUGCAGAUGAUAAUUCUACCAUUUAUACCAAUAUUGGCAUUGAUUGUGCAAACAUCGCUAACACUGCAGGAGAUAUUGGAGUAUAGGGCCGAUGUGGCCGGCAUUGAGACACAGGUGACGAUUGCAACGGACUUGGGCAAAGUUGUCACACGACUGCAGCUGGAACGUUCCGAGGUGGCCUUCUACAUCUUUACCAAUGGCAGCAAGCAGCGUGCCAAUCUGACACAGCGCUUUGCCAACACGGAUCAUGCGUUGAAUAACAUGACCACUUGGAGCGAGAUUAGUGUGCCGACUGCGCCAGAUGAGGAUGAGGAUGAAUGCGAGGUCAUGCUGAAUCGCAAUGAGUUUCAAAGUCGUCUCAAUGAGUUCAGAGAACGUGUGCGCCUCGAGCCCGAGGAUAGCUCCAUUACAGAAGUCAUGAACUGGUACACAUCCAUUAAUCGCGGCCUGCUCCAUCACCUGAAUGAGCAGAUUAAGGAGACGGACAACAGUGGCGUCUGGCGCUAUCUGGUGGGUUUUAAGAAUCUGCUAAAGAGCAUUGAGUGCCAAAACAUAGCCACCUCCUUUGGCAUACGCUACUAUGGACGUGGUCCAUUGACCGCUGAGAACUUUGUCUCCUAUGUGCGCUACGAAUUUAUGGCCCGGGAAAUGAUCAACUCCACGUUGAACUAUGCUCCAAUGCUGAAAGCCAUGUAUACCAACAUAACCAAUACAAAGAAAUUCCAUCGCGUUAAGCUCAUGAGCAACAUGGUGCUGAAGAAUAAGCCAAAUAUUUCGGAUGAGCGCAGAGCCAAUGAGUACAAUGAAUUUAUGCACAAUUACACUGAUGAUCUCAGAAUACUUCAAAAGGCCCUGCGACGUCUUAUCAAGGAAUAUGUGGACAAAACUUUGGUGGAGGCGGAUCGCAAGGAGGCGAUUGGCAUAGCGAUUCUUGUUGUUGUGCUUUUGGUGUCACCGAUUAUAAUCAUACUGGUCAAGAAUGCAGCUGCAACAAUACAGUUAUACGCGAUAAAUUUGUCCCUAAAAGCGAAGGAAUUGAAACGCGAGAAGCGCAAAAGUGAUUCGCUGCUCUUUCAAAUGCUGCCGCCCAGCGUUGCAAUGCAGCUGAAACAAACACAACAGGUGCCCGCUGAGCUGUACGAGGCAGUUACCAUUUACUUUAGCGAUAUUGUUGGCUUCACCGAAAUUGCGGCCGAAUGCACGCCGCUGGAGGUGGUGACCUUUCUCAAUUCCAUCUAUCGUGUGUUUGACGAACGCAUCGAAUGCUAUGAUGUCUACAAAGUGGAAACCAUUGGUGACUCCUACAUGGUUGCCUCCGGGCUGCCCGUGAAAAACGGCAACAAGCACAUCAGUGAGAUUGCCACAAUGGCACUUGAUUUGCUGGACGCCUCUUCGGUGUUUCGACUUCCCCGUGCCGGCGACGAGUUCGUGCAGAUACGCUGCGGCGUCCACACUGGCCCCGUUGUCGCCGGCAUUGUGGGCACCAAAAUGCCACGAUACUGCCUCUUUGGCGAUACAGUGAACACCGCAUCGCGAAUGGAGAGCACCGGCGAGGCGCAGAAGAUUCAUAUCACCGAGGAGAUGCACGAGGCGCUGCAACAGAUUGGCGGCUUUAAGACCGAGCAUCGCGGCCUCAUCGAUGUCAAGGGCAAGGGACUGAUGAGCACCUACUUUCUCACCUGCAAGGAUGGUCCGGUCCGGGUGCGUGAGGAGAUAUCGUGGUGUGCGGAUAUGCAGCCCGUCUUCCUAGAUCAUCUCAAGCUACAUCCGCCGACAAACUACAAGCUGCCUAAACGAAAAUGAGCGACAAGCAGCACAAGCAACAAUUUGCCAAUGAGCAAAUUAC